UUUUAUUUUAUUUUAUUUUUUUCUUUGUUUUUCUUUGUGUUCCAUUCAUUCAUUCUCUCUCUCUCUCUCCCUAUGUCAGGUACAAAUAGUCAAAAAGAUGAUAUUAUGAAUUAUGCCGCAAUCAUCAAUGAAACAUUAUUACCCCACAAUAAUCACCAUCCUGAGCUUCAACUUAGUAUUCAAGAUCUUCUAUGUCCAACAGAGAUAGCGGAAAAUCUACUAGAAACAUUAUCGAAUGAACAGUUAAAUCUUAUAGAACAAGCUCUUCAUAAAAUAAAGGAACGAAAAAAGAAUAACUUGAAAUUAGUUUAUCAAAAAGAUGAAAUACAACAGGGUAAUGGACUAGAGGACUCAUUUGUUGCUACCCAUUCUCAAGGGACUCGAGAUAACAAUAACAACAACAACAACAAGCGGCAACAACAAGCACUUAUGACUACUGCUAUCAAUAGGACUUCGAAAUUAUCACAGCAACGAAAAACUAAGCAACAGCAACAACAACAGCAACAACAACAACAGCCUCUUCUUACUGCUAAUACAUCUCCAUUCUUGACAAAUCAUGAGACAACAACUGAAAUAAAAGAAGGCGUUGAAUGGGUUAGCUUUAUAUACUCUCAUCAUCGUGUGUUACGUAGAUAUUGUAUCAGAACAGACAUUGAAAAAGUUGAUACAAGUAUCUUGGAUGACAAAUUUAAGCAAGAAAAUUGUGUUUAUCCGAGAGCUAAUUUGCCUAAAGAAGCUUAUCAAGGGAAUCGAUGGACAUAUGAAACUGAAUGUAAUGUCUUGGGUUGGAAAUUAGCUUAUUUAAAUCCUGAAGAAAUUGCAGGAAAGAGAGGUUUGAUUCAAAGAGCUGUCGACUCAUAUCGGAAUCGUUAUCCUAGUAUGCGAUCGAGACGAGUAGCAAGACAAGAAAAGUUAUUAAAGGGCACAUUACGUAAACGUAAACAUCGUGAAAUGAAUGAAGACAGUCAUAAAGAACAGUUAGAGAAGGCUCUUCCAAAGACCAUCUUGAUUGAGGAUCCUAUUGGAUCCAUUAAUUCUAAAUGUCGAAUUCGAAUUAAUAUUGAUUCUGUUGUCUUGGAUUCAGUUGACAUGACCUUUCGUAAAAAUAAUUGCGUAUUCCCUAGAGCCAUACAUAUUACAUCGGAUACGCCUUCUGUCUCUCAACGUAGACGUGAAGAAGCAAAAUGUAAUGAGAUUGGUUGGAAAUUAGCUUGGUUAAAUCCACGUCAAUUAGCCAAUAAAAAGAAUUUACUACAGCGUGUCUUAGAUAUCUAUCGAGCUCAGUUUGCAUCAACUGAAUUAAAACCACGUAAAUAUGCGUCACGUAUACCUUUAAUACCCACAUUACUAAAGAAAGAAGAGACAAUACAAGUAAAAGAAGAAAAUACGCGUUAUAAUAUUCCUUUAACAGAAAGGGCGUUAGCAGAUCAACAGCGACUACUAUCUUCCGAGUCAUCUAUUCCCAUUAAUAAACAUCGUCGAAGAAACUCUUCAUCAACAGAUCCAUCAUGUUAUUCAGGUACAACUGUAACACUUGAUUUUCAUGAUUAUUGCUUUUCACCUCCACCAAGUGAAGAAGAUACAAUACAGGAUUUAUCUACCACUACAGUUAAUAAUAACCAUUUAUUUCCUACUGCUACAACAUCGUCAACAACAUCCAUGCUGGAUAAUUUGAUUUUUAACAUGACAUGCAAACCAAUUAAUCAUCAUGAUGAAACCAAUAAUGGUACAACAGCAGAGUCACAACAAGAUAAUUUAAAUGACAUUUAUCAGACAUCUUUAUUAAUCGAUUCUACUACUAGAGAACUGAACACGCCAUCCAUGUCCGUUAUUGAUGUUUUACUUGAAAAUAAUAGUAGUAAAGGGAAUGAGUUAAGUUUAGUGAAUAAUAAUGAAAAUCAACAACAAAUAUUAAUAGAUUUAAUAACAAAGUAUGGGAAAUGCUGAGCAUUUAUAAGACUAUUACAACGCGUAA